AUGGAAGAACACAAAGAUAAUGAGAUUCAUGGGGAAGACAUGUUGGCUGGUGAAGUAUAUUCGAAUGCUGAAGCAGUGACAGAGGCACAUGAAUUGCAUGUUGAUGGAUUAGUGCUUAAUGCCAUUGAUAAGAAUGCACCAAAUGAUGAUAAUGAAUCUGGUGAUGAGAAGGACUGGCAACCGAUUGAUAAGAUACCUUCUGAAGACGACACUCUUAGAUGUGCUGACUCGAGUGGUAGUAACAAAGGAUACGGAAUGAUGGAUAAUGAUGAAGAAGUUGCUGAAGACUUUAUUUAUUCUAAUGUAAGCAGUGAAGAACAAAUAAUAAGAUCCAAUAAGAACAAUUCAAAAACAGAUUUCCUUUUUAACAAUCCUAAUGUUUAUGUCACCCAGGAUAAGAAAGAAAGCGUCGAUGCUGAAGACAAUAGAGAAACUAAAGAUGGAAACCACAGUUCUAUUUCGAUAAAUUAUUAUAAACAGCUUGCUUACACCAGGUCAUUAUUUUCAGACAACCAAAAAUUUGGAUAUGUUGGAUCUUUAAGUGUCUUGACAGGUCAUUUCUGUCUUAGGUUGGCAAAACUAGCUACAAUUAAGAACCUUAAAACUAAUCAAAAACUUACAAGACUUUUAAGCACGUUGCAAAAAGACUUAGCUGAUUGGAGAAGUAAAAUACUGAAUAUGCUAUAUGAGGAAUUAGAGCUAAGUUCACCUGAGAUAAAGAUGAUCGAACAACUUGACAUGAUCGAUGUUCAAUUAAGUGAUCUAUGCCGAAAUCUACAAACCACCCAAAAGAAUGAACCGGAAGAAGGGGAUGAUAAAAAUACAUCUAAGGAAAACACUAUUGAUAUAGCGUGGGUAAUAAUUUGUCAUUUAUUUUUACUCUUGACAUCUGAAGAAAGUUAUGAUUCUAGAGAUAGAACAUUAUUGGUCGAACUGGCUAAGGUACUAGGUAUAUCUUAUAAUGAGUUAAACGAUUUUGAAAGACGUGCCUAUGAUGCAAUUGUGUAUAACCAAGAUAGUUCUGAUGAUCAAAGUGGUACUGAGAUCGACCAUCUGAAGAAGAGACGUCAUAAGAAUAAGAAAAAAAAAAUGGCAUAUGUCGGUCUAGCUAUGGUUGGUGGAUCAGUGGUACUGGGACUUAGUGGAGGAUUAUUGGCACCUUUCAUUGGUGCAGGUCUUGCAUCUGGAUUCUCGACAUUGGGACUUGGUGGUGCAGCUGGAUUUCUAUCAAGUGCAGCCGGCACUGCAUCUGUUGCAAUCACGAGUACUGCUGUCGGUGCCAAUAUAGGUGCUAAAAGUAUGAGUAAAAGAAUGGGGAGCGUGGAAACAUUUGAGAUUAAACCUAUUCAUGACAAUUCCAGAGUCAACGUGCUCCUAACUGUUCCUGGGUGGAUGAUCAACGAAGAAGACGAGAUUAGCGCACCUUUUUCAACAAUAGACUGUAUAGAAGGUGACAUAUUUUCUUUGAAUUGGGAACCGAGCAUUUUAACUGAAAUUGGGACAAGAAUGAAAGUUGCUACAAGCGAAGUUGUCACAGACUCUAUUCAGCAAAUGUUAGGAAAUGUAAUUCUUGUUAGUAUUGUAUCUGCUAUUCAACUUCCAUUAAUUUUAUCAAGACUAAGUUUCUUUCUUGACAACCCCUGGGCUGUCGCAAGUGAUAGAGCAUGGUCUGCAGGUUUGAUACUUGCCGACACAUUAAUGAACAAAAACUUAGGAAACAGACCCGUGACGUUAAUCGGUUACUCACUCGGUGCACGAGUGAUUUAUUCAUGUCUAUUAGAACUUAGUGCCCAUAAGAAGGUGGGAUUAGUGGAGAAUGUUUUUCUUUUUGGUGCACCUGUCAUCAUCAGUCAAGAUGAGCUAAUAAGAGCUCGUAGCAUGGUGAGCGGCAGAUUUGUCAGCGGAUACUCGUUGAACGACUGGAUACUCAAAUAUAUCUAUCGUACCACUACAAGCAGAGGUUACAAGGAAGUUCUUGGUAUAUCUCAAGUUGACGAACCGUUGACUGUAGAAAACAUCGAUUUGACUGAAAUAAUCAAAGGCCACUCUGAAUAUCGUGAGAAUAUGCCAAAACUCUUAAAGCUAGUAGGUUUAGAAGUGACCUCAGAGACAUUCCAUGACCCAGCUAAUAAAGAAGAUGCAGAAUCACACCAGAUAAGUACUGUGUCAACCCAAUCUCAAGACCCAGACAGUACUGAUAAGAUUAUAAAAGAAAUUGACAACAUUGAAAGUUUUUUGAAGCCUCUAACAGAAACACCACCGACCACUCACGAAGAAGAGAAUCCAACACAAUAG